GACCAACGGCAGUUAAACUCACCACCAUUCACAUUGACAUCGCCGCAUCUGCUUCGCACACAAGCGACCUGAGAAGCAAUGCCAAUGCCUAAAGUAAGCCCAUGGGUUGCCACCGCCUACCUCUGCGUCUUCGGCGCAAUCGCCAUGGGCGCAUACGUCGCCUUUGUCGGCGCCAUUGACUCGGCGGUCAUCACCGUGGUCCUUGUCGUCAUGACCACAACUACCUAUGCGCUUAGCUUUGACAGCCGCAACUCGAAAAAGCUGCGAGAUGGAAAUAACAGAUUGCCCCCACCGCCAGGCAACGUCUUGGAACAGAUCCUGUAUACGCUGCACUACCUCUACGACCAGGCUGGCUUUCUGGAACGCAUGCGCGAAGUUUUCCCCGAGGGCAUCUUUUCUCUCAAGUUGUCUGGCAAAAAACAUGUCUUCAUCCACAAUCCAGAAUUGUCAGCCGCACUGUUGAGCCAUCCGCGCGACAACGUGGAAGCUGGCGGCUUUCGAACAGAGCUGCUGCAAGACGCGUUUGGCUUCACCAAGCGGGAUGCCGAAAAGUACCACGUCGGGCGGGACUUGCUUGUAAAGCCCAUGGCUACCCUGACCGCUGAUGUCACGCUCAAUAAGCUGCUGCAGGUCAAUUUGGUCGAGAUGAACCGCACCAUUGCCGACAUGGUCACCUUUAACUCGUCACCCGCUGACCAGAUGGACUGGGAGGUUAUGGCGGGUGCUGAGAUUGUCGAGGACAAAGAUGGCACCCAGUAUGUCGAACUGGACUGGAUGAAAAUGAUGACCAAUUAUAUCGGCAGAACGGCCUCUACGGCUCUCUUUGGAUCCGACUUUGUGUACAACUUUCCCGAGAUUUGGUCGGAUUUGGAAACUUUUGACAAGGGACUCAAGGACCUCACUGCCAAAAAGCCCUGGUGGAUUCCGCAGCCAAUGCGUCGGUUGGCUGCUCAGGCGCGCGCACGACUGCUUGACUAUAUGCGUGACUAUGACGACGCCUUGGGCAAGCACCUGGCUGGCGAGGAUGUUGGCGUCAAGUGGCAAGAUAUUGAACAUACCCACGAAGUGAACAAGGCCAGAUACAAUGUCUACAAGACCCAAACGUUGGGGGUUGAUGGCAUGGCGUGUGCCAAUCUGUCUUUCUUUUGGGGCGUCCACGCCAACACGAGCCCGCUGACCGCGUGGAUGAUAUACGAAAUCAGUCGCGACCCCGUCUUUCUAGAACAGAUCCGCGAAGAGAUUGCGCCAUAUGUUCAAAUUUACGAAGAGGAAAACCACUUUGGCGAUGCUGUCUGGCUGCCUCCACGCUUCCAGACGGUCGACCUGGACGGAUUGCUGAAGAAGUGCGUCUUGCUCAAGGCGUCGUACAUUGAAACGCUGCGACUCUACACAAGCUCAUGGUCAACGCGCGAACUUACCCAGGACCUCUUUGUCAAUAUGAAGGCACAAACGCACCGGCCGUACAUUCUGAGCAAGACUACUAUUGCGCAUGUGACGCAGGGCGUGCACCAGAUGGAUCCUGUAUACUAUGAAGAUCCGGACGAGUGGCAGCCGGAGCGCCAUAUUAGCGUGUUGUUGCACCAGGACGGCAAGACGAUCCGGGAUGCGGGUAUGGGCGUUUUGAAACCCUUUGGUUCUGGAAGCUACACCUGCAAGGGCCGCAGUCUGGCGUUUAGAGAGAUGAUGCUCUAUACUGCGAUUAUUAUUACCGUGUACGAUAUCCGGCCACCGCAGGAUGAGUCGUGGGUGCAGCCACUAGUGGCGGCUCGUGCUUCUACCAAGAUGCCUACGAAGCCGCUGCUGGCGUGGAUUAAGCGGCGCCAGUUGCCUAAGGGCAAUAGUAGUAAAGCAGCGAAGUGAGAGAAGGUUUCGGGUGCAGGAUGUACUAUUACAAUAGUUGUAUAUAUGUGAUGAGAAACAAAAACCAGAGAUUUAAAAGAUGUAGGGACAAUUGCCGCCUUAAUUCCAAGUCACGUCACUUGUGCACGUUGUCAUGCAAUUGCCCAGUCUAGCACCUCUGCUGCG